AUGCCGGCUUUCCGUGAGCUAAACGCAGUUUCUAUUCUGUUAAACCAUCGGGAUAGUGUGGCCAAGCUGUAUAAGGACAAUUUUUACGAUAAGCGAAUCCAAAGUGCUUCCCUGAAUGGCGUACUUUUCGACAUCAACACGCCGUACGACUAUCGAGAGGAUCGACCGGAGAUCCCUCCGCCUAAAAAGCGGAAACGCGUGAAAACAGCUGGUCUGUUUGACGAAAUUACGGCUAAGGUUUCUGAUAAUCUAAACAGUAUUAAGUGCAAACUAGGAGCCGAGCACGAGAAGCACGAGCAAUCCAACAAACCUGCCCUGGAAUUUGUUGAUCAUUUCAAUCUGGCCUUUACCUACAAUGCUGAUAGCUGUUUCAACGGACGAAAUACUUCCGAACAAACUGUCUUCACUGAGCUGGACGGUGAAAGCUUUCUUGUGCCACCGAAUGUUACCUUCUUCAAUGCACCCAUCAGUCGGUUCAACGAGUACCUGCCAGAGAGCGAGAAAUUCGAUUUGAUCGUGCUGGAUCCACCCUGGUGGAACAAAUACAUAAGACGGGUUAAGGGAGCAAACGCACGGGCAAGCUACCGGAUGCUGGCGAACGAGGACAUCGCACAGAUCCCACUGGAACGCCACUUGCACGGGAACACGAUCGUGAUCGUAUGGUGCACGAACGCACCGUCCCAUAUCGAUGCCAUUGCCAGCGUUUUCUUCCCCAAGUGGGGACUCGAAACUGUUGGCGCUUGGUAUUGGACCAAGAUUACAAAGAAGGGAGAUCCAGUGUGUAGAUUCAAAGAGCCCAACGGUAAGCAACCGUACGAACGGUUGUUCAUCGGCUUACCACCCGGUUCUUCGCUGGCCAAAUCCAUUCCCAAGGAGCUAUUUCUCUACAGCAUACCGAGUGCCCUGCAUUCCCACAAACCGCCUCUCUACGAGCUGAUUCGCACAAAAUUUGCCCUCGAAGCACCAAACUGUCUGGAGCUUUUCGCUCGCAGCCUGCACUCCGGUUGUACCUCAUUUGGAAUGGAAGUGUUGAAACUGCAAAAUAAACGCCUCUAUGAACUGGCCGAAGUGGAGUGA